UAUAAUCUCUAGGCCGCUAGGGUUAAGGGAAGCAAAAUGCCGGCGGGACACGGGUUGCGGUCGAGAACAAGGGAUCUCUUUGCCCGCGGCUUCAGGAAGAAGGGGACGAUCCCGCUCUCCACCUACCUCCGGACAUUCCACAUCGGCGACUAUGUGGACGUCAAGGUUAACGGCGCCGUCCACAAAGGCAUGCCUCACAAGUUCUACCAUGGCCGCACCGGUCGCGUCUGGAACGUCACCAAGCGCGCCAUCGGCGUUGAGAUCAACAAACAGGUCGGCAACAGGAUCAUCCGGAAGAGGAUUCAUGCCCGGAUUGAGCAUGUUCAACCUUCACGGUGCAGGGAAGAGUUUAAGCUGAGGGUAAAGAAAAAUGAUCAGCUCAAGGCUGAAGCUAAGGCGAGAGGUGAGGUGAUUAGUACUAAGAGGCAGCCACAAGGUCCUAAGCCUGGGUUUAUGGUGGAAGGUGCUACUCUUGAGACUGUUACACCCAUUCCUUAUGAUGUGGUUAACGAUCUCAAGGGCGGUUACUGAUUUCUUUUCUCACUCAAUAUGGUUUUAUUGUUCCAUGCUCGGUUAAUUAGACUUUUAAUGAUGUUUUCUUGUCAAAGAUUCCCUUCUUCAAGUUUUUGGGUCUUGCACUUCUAUAUGUAGUGGAACUUGUGUGUUGAAUUAAUGGUGGCUUGCUCCAUUUUAUCAUCGACUUUGCUGUUUUGUUUUGCAGAAGAAAUUGCAUGUCGUUCG